UCUCUCUUUACCAAUUGCUCUGGAUUCUCUCUCGCUAAAGCUUCUCCAUUCUCCACAUGUCAACAUUUUGGGCGUUUUUCGCGGCAUUUGUUUCGAAUUUCUUGUAAUUUUUUCAUUUCUUCUUCAGAAUUAUAUCAUCUUCCUCGUCCGUUGUAAUUGAUUUUCGAGGCUUUUUUUCUCUUAAUGGGUUCGGCUUCGAUUGGUUACCAAUUCGGAAUAUCAGCUCGAUUUUACGGCAAUUUUAAUCUGAGCUCAGAUAUUACUGUCUCCUCGCUUCCAUGUAAACUUGAUGUUUCCAUAAAAAGCCUAUUCUCAGCUCCAAGCUCCACUCACAAGGAAUAUUCAAAUCGAGCUCGGGUAUGUUCUUUGCCAAACACUGAUGGAUACUGCGAUGAGAAAUUUGAGACGCCAAUACUAGACAGCAUUGAAACUCCAUUGCAGUUGAAGAAUUUGAGUGUUAAGGAGUUGAAGUUAUUAGCUGAUGAAAUCCGUACGGAGCUUCAUUCUGUAUUAUGGAAGAAGACCCAAAAGUCUAUGAAUCCUAGCUUUGCUGCAAUAGAGCUUACCCUUGCUCUGCAUUAUGUUUUUCGUGCCCCGGUUGACAAUAUAUUGUGGGAUGCUGUGGAACAAACAUAUGCACAUAAGGUCUUGACACGACGUUGGUCUGCAAUACCAUCGAGACAAAACAGUGGUAUUUCUGGGGUCACUUCUCGUUUGGAGAGUGAAUAUGAUUCCUUUGGAACCGGGCAUGGCUGCAACAGUAUUUCUGCUGGGCUCGGAUUAGCGGUUGCUCGAGAUAUGAAAGGAAAGAGGGACCGGGUUGUUGCUGUGAUCGACAAUGUGACAAUAACUGCUGGUCAAGCAUAUGAGGCAAUGAGCAAUGCUGGUUACUUGGAUUCUAAUAUGAUUGUUAUACUGAAUGAUAGCCGUCACUCUUUACAUCCAAAUAUGGAGGAGGGAUCCAAGGCAUCCAUCAGCGCACUUUCUAGCAUCAUGAGCAAAAUCCAAUCUAGCAAAGUUUUCCGGAAAUUUAGAGAAUUAGCCAAAGCUAUGACGAAAAGAAUUGGAAAGGGAAUGUAUGAAUGGGCAGCCAAAGUCGAUGAGUAUGCUCGCGGUAUGGUUGGACCAACAGGAUCAACUCUCUUUGAAGAACUUGGUUUGUACUACAUUGGUCCUGUUGAUGGACACAACAUUGAAGAUCUAGUUUGUGUUCUCCGAGAAGUAUCUUCUCUAGAUUCAAUGGGUCCUGUGUUGGUCCACGUGAUCACAGAGGGAAACCGAGAUGCAGAAACCGUAAAGAACAUCAUGGUCAAAGACAGACGCACUUACAGUGAUUGCUUUGUUGAGGCUUUGGUGAUGGAGGCAGAAAAGGAUAGAGAUAUUGUUGUAGUUCAUGCAGGAAUGGAGAUGGAUCCGUCACUUCUUACAUUUCAGGAGAGAUUUCCAGACAGAUUUUUCAAUGUCGGAAUGGCUGAACAGCAUGCUGUCACAUUCUCUGCUGGUCUUUCUUCUGGAGGUCUCAAGCCAUUUUGUAUUAUUCCCUCUGCUUUUUUACAAAGAGCUUAUGACCAGGUGGUCCAUGAUGUAGAUCGGCAGAGAAAGGCGGUGCGAUUUGUUAUUACAAGCGCAGGGCUUGUUGGAUCCGAUGGUCCAGUGCAGUGUGGAGCUUUUGACAUAGCUUUCAUGUCAUCCUUACCAAACAUGAUAGCCAUGGCUCCAGCCGAUGAGGAUGAGCUUGUAAAUAUGGUUGCAACUGCUGCUUAUGUCACUGACCGCCCAGUAUGUUUCCGGUUCCCUAGAGGCUCCAUCGUCAACAUGAAUUAUCUUGUCCCCACUGGAUUACCAAUUGAAGUAAGUUCCAAUCUAAUCUUCAAAUCUUUUGGUUGCAAAAACAGACCGUGGUGACACAAGAACUGCUUUAUCAUAUUAGAGUAGAUCGGAAGAGGAAGAGUUCUCGUAGAAGGUCAAGAUGUGGCUUUACUUGGUUAUGGAGCGAUGGUUCAGAAUUGUCUUCAUGCUCACUCGCUUCUCUCGAAACUCGGUUUGAACGUGACUGUAGCUGAUGCAAGAUUUUGCAAACCCCUAGACAUCAAGCUUGUGCGUGAUCUUUGUCAGAACCACAAAUUCCUUAUCACUGUCGAAGAAGGCUGUGUUGGAGGGUUUGGUUCUCAUGUGGCGCAGUUCAUAGCCCUCGAUGGCCAGCUCGAUGGGAAUAUCAAGUGGAGACCCAUUGUGUUACCGGAUGGCUACAUAGAAGAAGCAUCGCCUAGGGAGCAGCUUGCUCUUGCAGGGCUAACUGGACAUCACAUAGCAGCAACCGCUUUGAGUCUUUUGGGCCGAACUCGUGAAGCAUUGCUUCUCAUGAGCUAGCUUAACCUUCUCAUAUGGGAUUUACCUUCACAAGAGACUUAAAGAGGAGUUUCUUAAACAGAAUUUGUAGAUAAUACAUUCUGAAUUCAAGAGCCCAUUUGAUAUCCUGAUUUUGGAAUAGCAAUCUGCUAUGUAUUGUAAAUGUAGAGUUGAGAAUUGACUAAAAUAAAUUCAAUUACUUUUUAGGCGGUAUCUCAGUUUUCAUAUUCUCAGUUAGUUGUUGUUGUUGUUGUUGUUGUUGUUGUUGUUGUUGUUGUUGUU